AUGUAUCAGUCAAAUAACGUUUAUUUCAUUUGUUCGUUCGCCGCCAUUGGCGGUGGGCUUUUCGGCUUCGACAUUUCGAGUAUGUCCGGUGUCUUGGGCACACAGGCUUACAAGAGAUACUUCGGCAACCCAACAUCUUAUCGUCAAGGAGGAAUCACUUGCGCAAUGCCUUUUGGCUCUCUCGUUGGAGCCCUAUGUUCAUCUUUCAUUGCCGAUAGAUAUUCACGAAGGACUAGUAUUCAAAUCGCCUCUAUAUUCUGGAUAGUUGGAUCUAUUAUACAGUGUGCUUCAGUCAAUAUCGGUAUGCUUGUCGUGGGACGUGUCAUUGCCGGCAUCUGCGUCGGUAUUGCAUCAUCAAUCUGUCCUGUGUAUCAAGCGGAAAUAGCUCCCAAGGAAAUUCGUGGUCGCGUUGUUUCACUGCAGCAAUGGGCCAUCACUUGGGGUAUCCUAAUCCAAUACUUUAUUCAAUACGGCUCCUCUUGGGUUGGUGGUGGACCCGACAAUCCGAGUCAACCAACAUCUGCCUUCCGUAUUCCGUGGGGUGUACAGAUCGUCCCGGCCGUACUGUUGUUCUUUGGGAUGUUCUUCCUUCCGAGAUCUCCUCGGUGGCUAGCAUCCAAGGAUCGAUGGGAGGAGGCGAUCCAGGUAAUGGCUAACCUCCACGGAGGCGGCGAUGUUAACCAUCCAAAGGUUUUGGCUGAAUACCAAGAGAUUGAGGAGGCUCUCCGGUUCGAGCGGGAGGAAGCCAUUAACAGCUACCGGCAACUUGUCGAGCCUCGCAUGCUGAAGCGUGUUCUGCUUGGAAUGUCUAUUCAGAUGUGGUCCCAACUGUGCGGCAUGAACGUCAUGAUGUACUACGUUGUUUAUAUUAUGGAAGGUGCCAAUAUCGCGUCACCUCUAUUGACUGCUUCCAUCCAAUACAUUCUCAACGUCCUACUAACACUUCCCGCGAUUAUUUAUCUCGAUCGAUUCGGUCGACGGCCAGCCAUGCUUAUUGGAUCGUUCCUCAUGAUGACUUAUCUGUUCGUCGUCGGAGCUUUGCAAGCGUCGUACGGAGUGCCCAAUGUCGGCAGCCUCAAGAACCCUACAAACUCUGAUAUCUCAUGGAUUGUCCACGACAAUAAGCCAGUAUCCAAGGCCAUUGUUGCCAUGACAUAUCUUUUUGUCUGUACAUUUGCAACAACAUGGGGUCCCACAUCAUGGACCUACCCCUCCGAAAUAUUCCCUACAAAGAUCCGUGCAAAGGCAGUUUCCCUUGCAACCGCCGCAAAUUGGUUUUGGAACUGCGUCCUCGCGUUUGCCGUGCCUCCGCUUUUAUGGAAUAUAAACUGGAAGAUGUCAUUUAUCCACAUGUUCUUGACCGCCCCCGAGACCAAGGGCAAGACCUUAGAAGAAAUGGAUGAUGUCUUUGAUUCUGGUCUGCCUGCCUGGAAGGCUGUCCCCAAGGGAUCGAAAUUGGAUCAGCUACAAAAGGAUAUCGAGGCUGGGAAUAUAAAGAUUCAACAUCCCAUUGGUGGGGUGCCGACUAUGAGCGAAAAGACUCCGGUCACUACUGAAGAGACCGCUGCGACUUAA